AUGGCUUCAAAGGGUGGUGCUGACAAGCUUCUGCACCUGGUACGGCUCAGGCGCACAUACUACGCACUGAACAAGCGUUUGACUAUUCCCCGGCCUCGUGUCGAGCAUAUAGUCAAAGAGUCGCUUCUUCAUGUGCCAAGCAGCUUCAAUUCGCAGUCGACCCGGGUUGUGGUUUUGUUCGGAACAGACCAUGAGAAGUUAUGGGACAUAGUAACAGACGUUCUCAAGAAAAAGGUUGCCGAAGCGAAAUGGGAACCGACAAGUCGCAAGAUGGCCAUGUUUAAGAGAGCUGCGGGCACUAUCAUGUUCUUUGAAGACCAGACAAUCGUAAACGAAAGCGUUGCCCGUUUCCCGUCGUAUGCCCAGCAUUUUGGCACAUGGGCAACGCAGUCAGAUGCCAUGUUGCAGUACACCAUCUGGCUUGGGCUCGAGGCAGAAGGGCUUGGCGCCAAUCUACAGCAUUACAAUCCAAUCAUAGAUGACAGAGUGGCUGAUGAAUGGAAGAUUCCCGUAAAUUGGAGAUUGAAUGCUCAGAUGGUCUUUGGUGGUUAUGAAGACACCCCAACCGAAAACAGUCUUAUGCCCCUCGAGGAGAGAUACAGAGUCUUCCAAGGCGAUGCGGAUUAA